CUCUUUUUGGCACCCUUCUUCUCUGGGCACAAAACGGUGCGUUUUUGCAUUUGUCUUUCUUUCUAUCCGUUUUCUGGUUCGCUCUCUGAUGAUGAUGAUGUCAGGAGGAGGAAGAGGAGGGAGAUCAUCAUCAGCAUCAACAGCAACAAAAACAUCAUCAUGGGCAGUGUCAGCAUCUGGGAAGAGGAUCCAGAGAGAAAUGGCGGAGCUGAACAUGGACCCACCUCCUGACUGCUCCGCUGGGCCCAAGGGCGACAAUCUCUACCACUGGGUUGCUACCAUCGUCGGCCCCCAAGGAACACCAUAUGAAGGCGGUAUAUAUUUCCUAGACAUAACAUUUCCAAGUGAUUAUCCUUUCAACCCUCCGAAGGUAGUGUUCAAAACUCGAAUGUACCACUGCAAUGUUGAUACUGCUGGUAAUUUGAGUUUAGACAUCUUAAAGGAUAGUUGGAGUCCAGCUCUUACAGUCACGAAGGUGCUACUUGCAAUCAGAUCAUUUUUCACAAAUCCUGACCCCUCAGAUAAUCCGCUGAUCCCUGGCAUUGCUCGAUUGUACUUGGCAGAUAGAGCUAAACAUGAUGAACUUGCUGCAGAGUGGACAAGGCGCUUUGCCAAGUGACUCUGCUGCAUCUGAUGAAGUGCCCUUCGAAUGGCAGAUAUAUUUCUAACAUCUUAAUUCAUGGAUAGGUCAAAAGUUCUGGCUGAAGAAGAAGGAAAAAAUGUUUGCAAAUUUCACAUGGCAACCUGCUAAACAUAUUAUUCUAAGCUUCUGAAGAUCCAGAAUGUUUGAAAAUGGCUUAAAGAGGCACACUGAAUGGCAUGCAACAUGGACUGUGAAAAACCCUUUUUAAGAGUAUAUGUCUUAAUAUAAUGGUUGGUUGGUGAUU